UAUUUCCUCAAAAUAUCAUGGACAUAAUUCCAAGUUUGAACCCUCUUACUAUUCGAACCACCAAAAAUGGAGAAACAAUAGAGGAUAUUAAGAAGGGAGAAGACCAUGAGCAACCAUUGAGCCCUAUGGCUCGGUUAUUUCAUGAGCCUGGUUCUAAUGUCUACAUCAUUGGCAUAAUGGGUUCAAAGACAAAAAUUCGACCAGAUGUUUUCAAAGAAAACUUGGUUCAUACUUUCCUUAAAAAUCGUCGUUUUUCUAGCUUGCAGGUAUUUGACAAGGAAAAUGGGAGCAUGAAAUGGAUCCCGACACAUGUGAACAUAGAUGACCAUGUCAUUAUAGCAAAGCUUGAUCAUAACAUGGAGUCACCUGACAAGUUUGUUGAAGAUUACAUCUCCAACCUCAGUGGAUCUCCUAUAGAAAACACAAAACCUUUGUGGGAUCUUCAUAUCCUCGACAUUAAGACUUCGGAAGCAGAAGGCAUAUGUGUCUUUCGUUUCCACCACUCCCUUGGUGAUGGAAUGUCUUUGAUGAAUCUUCUGCUUUCUUGUACACAAGAUACAAAAACACCAAUGAAAGGCUCAGAAGGUGUGGAGCAAAGACCUCGACGUUUCGUGAUUAGAAGUGUUAGCCUUGAUGAUAUUAAAUUCGUAAAAAGAGCUAUGAAUGCGACAUUGAAUGACGUAGUCCUUGGAGCCACACAAGCUGGAUUGUAUCGCUACCUACAUAGGCGAUAUAGUGAGACAGAUGGUAAUAAUGUAGAUGUUCCUCAUGACAUUCGCCUUCGUGCAACUGUCUUCUUCAACCUUCGAACCAGUACUACGAUUGAAGAUUUCACUGAUACGAGUAAACAUGGAACAUGGGGAAACAAGAUAGGUUAUUCAUUACUUCCAUUCAAGAUCGCAUUGAGAAAAGACCCUCUAGAUUAUAUAAGAGAUGCAAAGGCCAUCAUGGAUCGCAAGAAAGCUUCUUUGGAGCCCCUCUUCACUUAUUCCUUUGCUAACUUAGUUCAUAAGUUUUUUGGCAUUAAGGUGGCAGGAAAACUAAAAUCAUAA